AAUUCAGAUAUUUUCAGCAUUAAUUUCUUUGUAUUCAAACCAUAAUGGAUAUUUCUAAGGUUUCCCUAGCUCUUGCUUGUCUCCUGGUCCUAGCCCAUGUCCUCCCCUCCCAUGCCCAGCUCUCUCCACAAAACUUGAUCAAUGCGCACAACUCAGCUCGUGCUGCCGUAGGUGUUGGCCCCAUGACUUGGGACCCCACCUUGGCUGCAUAUGCACAGAACUACCUCAACAAGCACAUCGGUGACUGCAAAAUGGUGCACUCUGGUGGACCUUAUGGAGAGAACCUUGCGUGGAGCAGCGGUGACCUGACUGGCGUGGCUGCCGUCCAAAUGUGGGUCAAUGAGAAGGCUGACUAUAACUACCAAUCCAAUAGUUGCGCCGCCGGUAAGGUUUGUGGGCAUUACACUCAGGUGGUGUGGCGCAAGUCGGUCCGUCUGGGAUGUGCUAAGGUCAGGUGUAACAAUGGUGGAACACUCAUCAGCUGCAACUACGAUCCUCGAGGCAAUAUCAGUGGGCAGCGACCUUACUAAUUAAUUAAGCGCAUAUAUAUGUAUUUGGCACUAUAGGGUAUUGCAGAAAUUAAACAUAUAAUGAUGAAUAAUUGCGUGAGGGAUGUAAUCCUGAGAUGAACUUAAUUUAUGAAUAAUAAUGUCUUAAUUAU